AUGUCCUUCAGCUUCGGCCAGCCUGCUGGCUCGUCGUCAGGAACCUCUUCUCCUAGUCUGUUCGGUACCGCCGCCCCCAAGGCCGACGGGAACUCUGGCGGUGGUCUCUUCGGAAACACAAACAAGACUCCUACAACCUCUGGAUUUAGCUUUGGAAACGCUGCUGCUCCUACUUCCGGCGCUGGCUCAGCACCAAGUCCUUUCGGUGCUCCUUCUCCUUCCACACAGACUCCCACCACUUCGACUUUCAGCUUUGGACAAAAGCCCGCUGCUCAGUCUAGUAACCCCACAACUCCUGGCGUCGCUGCCACUGGCAAUCCUUUCGGUGCUGCUGCUGCUGCUCCCACCGGAGGUUUCUCUCUCGGUAACAACUCAACUACUCCCGCUGCCACGAACAAGCCCAUGUUCUCUACUACACCUGCCGGACCUCCCCCUGGCCAGUCAACUGGUGGUAUGUUUGCCGGCGCCGGCGCAAAACCUCUUUUUGGCAAGCCUGAGGAUAAGGCAGCCGAAGCUCCCAAGUCUGCUCCGACAUUUGGCGCCGCUCUAGGCGGUGCUGCUCCUGCCAACAACGCCUUCGCUUCCUUCGGCAAAAAGCCUGACGACAACACCUCAGCUUCUGCACCUCCCACUUCCAUGUUCGGCCAGAAGCCUGCCGAAGGCGCUGCUCCUGCUAACAAGCCCAUGUUCAACCUUGGUGGUGCUUCGUCAACUCCCCAAUCUGCUCCUGCUGGCCAGUCUGGCUUCUCUCUGGGCGGCAACUCGUCGAAACCCGCCUUCUCGCUCGGUGGAAACACGUCACAAGCCCCUGCUUCAGCCACUACACCGUCCGCACCUUCACUUUUCGGUGCCGCAGCACCUGCUGCUCCCGCUUCAACCGCUCCUCCGACAGGUGGCUUGUUUGGUGCCAAAAAGGACGAUGGUGCUAGCAAACCCGCCGCACCUGGUGGAAACAUGUUUGGCGGUCUGACUCAGAACAAGGAUACCGACAAGCCUGCUUCUUCCCCGUCGCUUUUCUCGCCUGCCGGAAACAAAGAUGAGGCUGCCAAGCCUGCCGCUCCUGCUGCUGGCAAUCUAUUUGGUGGUCUAAGUGCGAAGAAGGACGAUGCUGCAAAGCCUGCCGCUCCUGCUGGCGGUCUAUUUGGCAAUCUGGGCGGUCAAAAGAAGGAUGACGCUGCUUCUACUCCCACGACCGCCGCUGCAGCAUCAACACCUGCUUUCUCACUAGGAGCCAAGCCUGCCGAUUCGAGCACACCCGCCUCGACUGGCGGAUCCACUUUCAGUCUCAAGUCCGCACCAGGUGGUGCAGGAGGACUUGGUGGCAAUGGUGGUGGUCCUUCCACAGCUUCUGCGGCAGCACCACCCGCAGGCGGCAGCAAUGGUCUGACUGGCAGCAACAACACCGGAGGCCUUGGUGGCGGUCCUACUGCCAACACCACUAGUGGCGGUCUUGGUAGCAACCCUACUACAAACGCAUCAACUUCUGGCCCCGCUCCCCCUGCUACAUCACGCUUAAACUCCAAGUCUCUCGACGAGAUCAUCACCCUCUGGACCACAUCUCUUUCGUCGCACCAAAAGCAGUUCUCUAACCUGGCCAACAAGAUCGGAUCGUGGGACCGCAUGUUGGUCGAGAACAGCGACAAGAUCAGCAAGUUGUACAGCCGCACUUUCCAAGCCGAACGUGACACAGCCGAGGUUGAGCGUCAGCUCGCCUCUGUCGAGGGUCAGCAGGAAGAACUCAGCCACUGGCUCGACCACUACGAGCGAGUCCUGAACGACAUGGCCGCCAAAGCUGGUGGUGUUGACAGCGGCGUUGAUGCUGAACGCGAGAGAACUUAUCAAACCGCUGAGCGCUGCUCCGCUCGUCUCACCACAAUGUCCCACGACCUGACCUCAAUGAUCGACGAGAUCAAUCUCGCAUCCACAAACCUUUCCAAGUCUUCCAAGACCGCCGAAUCAGAUCCUCUGUCUCAGAUCGUCCGUGUACUCAAUGCACAUCUUGGUCAACUGCAACAAAUCGAUGUCGGCGCCGAGCAACUCAGACAAAAGGUGGAAAGUGCACAAAAGGAGGUCCGUGGCUUUGGUGGUAGAGUAGGCGACGAAGGUGGUGUUGAAGGAUUUAUGAGAAGCUUGAGAAGAUGA